UAAAAUAAAUUAUAAUAAAUGAAAGCGCACCGUUAGUGUAGAGUUGUAGAUAUUCGAAAGCGUUGACUAUCUAUUCAAGCUAUUUAUCCAUCUGUCUGAAAAUAAAAAAGAAAAAUUCGAUUUAUGUAUAACUACCUAUCUCAUUUUCGCGAAGGUGGUGGUGGAAAGUCGGGUGGCGGCGGUAGUAAGCUGCAACCGAAGGCCAAUCGUACGAAACGAUCACGCGACAUGGGCGCUCAACAGGAGGAUAUCCAUUAUCGUACACAUUUAUUUUUUGCACCCAGUCGUCCCGGAGUGGAGGUGGGGGAAGAACUCAUUGCAGAAAGGUGCACUGCCUUUUCGGGUGCGUGCACACAGUUAUCGACCACCACAACAUCACUUUCACUUCCACCUCAGCCCUAUGAAGUGGAGGCACCGCAGCCCCUUGUCGAUCGCAAGCCGUCCAUAUCUCUAUUAAGAUGGAACAAUAGUGUUAGAGUACGGAAUGGUCAGGUUGCCACGGUGCUAUCGAAUGCAGCAGCAACAACAACGGCCCGCUUUCAAGCUGCCAGGCAAGUGAGUUUCGGUGGCGACAAUGCAGCUGGCACGUCGGGCGCAAUCCGUUCCGAACCGAUUUCAUUGUCAGCGUUGGAUCGUGAUUGUUUCAUUAUACCAGUGCACAGUGUCGAUCGUUUUCUGCCAGCGGGUAUACCGUUGCCCGCCCCAUCGUCCGAUGGUAAAACCAAUAGUCCUCUCAGCAUACUCGAGGUCUCCGAUCCCAAAUUAUGCAUACUCGUGCAUCUAAUGAGCCCUUUGGAACCCAUUGAUCCAAUGCUCGAGUCACCAUUGUCACACCCAUUGCUGAAGCAACGCGCUGUGGCAGCGGAGCUCGUAUCGGAGGUGCAGCAGGCGAAUACGGCGGUCGGUGGCAUGCUCUUGGCCAAUAUGGAGAAGAACGCGGACUUUCCAUUCAUCUCUUACUAUUUAAUCAACACUACGCAAACGGAUCCAUCGCACUUUUACUCAGGCAUACGCGUCUCAUCACUAUCAAAAUUCGAACCGAAAGCACUAAAAUAUACUGCCGCUCAUACUCUGGAUCUGUACAGCGAAGUAGCUGCCAUAUGCCGUCCACCGUUGGUGUUGGCGCCCAAUGAAAGUGGUAGCUUCAAGAAGACACAAACGCCAGCAACAGGCUAUAUAAUCAGCGUGUUUAAGGUUUUCGAAGGUGAUGAUGGUGAACGGUUCGAGAAGAAUUGGCUGUACUGGACGGGGGCACGAAUGUUGUAUCGAUAUCUGCCACGUGCUGCUGGCCUACGUCGCAUUGCACUGCAUAAAAGCACUUCACAAAGAGGUGAUAAAAUGUAUUUGUUGGUAUGCGAAUGUGCCGACUUGCUCAAGGACAUCUCCUCAGCUGCCUUUUUGAUUCCUGCAUUGCGCGCGCGCCUAUGCGGCUAUACAGGACUUUACAAGCCAAUACAAGUGUUCUAAGGAUAAACAUAAAAAGCAACACCAACAAAAAUAGCAACCAACAGAGUAUAGCGGCAAGAAAACUGAGGCACAAAACUAAUGGAUUAUGUAAUUGACUUAUGUAGUAUGUAAUGUAAUAAAAGACGAGCUCGAGGAAGCACCAAAAAAAGUGAAAAUUGGUGAGACAAAAAAAAAAAAAGAAACAAAAGAAAAUGUCAAAUGAAAUUAAUAAUUGAUAUUUAUUUAUAGAACACGGAAUUAGUAUUUAAUCAAAAGUGUGCACUAAAUCGAGAAA